AAUCAUUCGAAGAAAACUAUAGAUAGCAAGAUGGUGGGAUCAACAUCUUUACCCCCUGGUUUCAGAUUCCAUCCAACAGAUGAAGAACUUUUGGGUUAUUACCUGCACAGAAGAAAUGAAAGGCUUGAGAUCGAGCUCGAAAUCAUUCCAUUAAUGGAUUUAUACAAGUUUGAUCCUUGGGAACUUCCAGAGAAAUCUUUCUUGCCAAAUCGAGAUAUGGAAUGGUUUUUCUUCUGUCACAGAGACAAAAAAUACCAGAACGGGUCUCGAAUAAACAGAGCAACUAAAUCUGGUUACUGGAAAGCCACCGGUAAAGAUCGAAAAAUCAUUUGUGAUCAGUCUUCCUCUUCUUCAUCAUUAUCUUCAUCAGUCAUUGGGUGUCGAAAAACCCUAGUUUUUUAUAUGGGUCGAGCCCCUUUUGGUUGUAGAACCAAGUGGGUAAUGCAUGAGUAUCGUCUCUGCGACACUGAUAAUUCAAAAGGGUCACUAAAUUUUAAGGGAGAUUUCGCGUUGUGCCGUGUGAAUAAGAGGGAAGAUCUUACGCUUAAGAAAUGUGAAACCACACCAGAGGUUUCAGAUGAGCCAUUGAGCAACAAUGUUGAGAUUUCUUGUCAAGCAAGUGGUGGUGACCUAGGAGAGGGUUCUUGUGACGCAAGUAACACACUAUGGGCUUCUCCUGAUUUCAUCGUUGAGUCAUCAUCGUUUAAGGGAAAUAUACAAUCACAAACCGAAGAAGCUUCCGGUUUGCAAGUAUUUGCACUACCCGAAUUUGAAUAUCCACCAGAGUUCUUCGCCGAUUUGAAUUUCGAUUGGGAAAUGGAAAAUCCAAUCAUGUUCGAUAAUUAUCAAGAAUCACAUAUGAACAAUGAAGUCAUGAACUAUCAUGUUCUUUAG